GGAGCUUCCUCUCCGCCUCCUCCGCACAGCCUGCGAGUGCUCCGGGGGAAGCGACGGGGUGGCGGUGAGCUGCUGGAACGUGGCUUCGGAGAAGAGUCGAGAUGACCGGGUCUAAUGAGUUCAAGCUGAACCAGCCCCCCGAGGAUGGCAUCUCUUCGGUGAAGUUCAGCCCCAACACCUCCCAGUUCCUGCUGGUGUCUUCGUGGGACACGUCCGUGCGCCUGUACGAUGUGCCCGCCAACUCCAUGCGGCUCAAGUACCAGCACACGGGCGCCGUCCUGGACUGCGCCUUCUACGAUCCAACACAUGCCUGGAGUGGAGGAUUAGACCACCAGUUGAAAAUGCAUGAUUUGAACACUGAUCAAGAAAAUAUUGUUGGAACCCAUGAUGCCCCUAUCAGAUGUGUUGAAUACUGUCCGGAAGUGAAUGUGAUGGUUACUGGAAGCUGGGAUCAGACAGUUAAAUUAUGGGAUCCUAGAAGCCCUUGUAAUGCCGGGACCUUCUCUCAGCCUGAAAAGGUGUACACACUGUCCGUUUCCGGAGACCGGCUGAUUGUCGGCACGGCAGGCCGCAGGGUGUUGGUGUGGGACUUACGGAACAUGGGCUAUGUGCAGCAGCGCAGGGAGUCCAGCCUCAAGUACCAGACCCGCUGCAUCCGGGCCUUUCCCAACAAGCAGGGUUAUGUAUUAAGCUCUAUUGAGGGCCGAGUGGCAGUUGAGUACUUGGACCCGAGCCCUGAGGUGCAGAAGAAGAAGUACGCCUUCAAGUGCCACAGACUCAAAGAGAACAACAUUGAGCAGAUCUACCCAGUCAAUGCCAUUUCCUUUCACAAUGUCCACAAUACAUUUGCCACAGGUGGUUCUGAUGGCUUUGUAAAUAUUUGGGAUCCAUUUAACAAAAAGCGACUGUGCCAGUUCCACCGGUACCCCACCAGCAUCGCCUCCCUAGCCUUCAGCAAUGAUGGGACUACGCUUGCAAUAGCAUCAUCAUAUAUGUAUGAAAUGGAUGACACGGAGCAUCCCGAAGAUGGUAUCUUCAUUCGCCAAGUGACAGAUGCAGAAACAAAACCCAAGUCACCAUGUACUUGACAAGAUUUCAUUUACUUAAGUGCCAUGUUGAUGAUAAUAAAACAAUUCGUACUCCCCAAUGGUGGAUUUAUUACUAUUAACAAAGAAACCAGGGAAAUACUAACUUAAUAUUAUAAGAACCUGAAAAUAAUGGAAAUAAGUUUUUAUUAAUUUUUUUUAAUAAACACUUUUCUUAUGUGCAUGAGGUGGUUUGAUGGUUUGCUGUAUUGAAGGUAUUUGGGCAAACAACUUGAGGGCAGUGAUUGUACUUUUGAGAGUCAGUUUUGACCUUGAUUCUUGUUUCUGCUGUGGAGAUAAAUGUUUGUAAAUAAAUAGUUGUAAUAAAAACCCUUUGCAUUCUUUCUGGACUGGAAAUGGUAGAGGAAAAGGCUCUUGAGCCAUUGAUUUCUUUUGCUGGUGAUAGUUGCUAAUUCGAAAGCUGCUUCAGACUGCUUCAUGAGGAGGUUAAUCUACAAUUAAACAAUAUUUCCUCUUGGCUGUCCAUUAUUUUCUGAAGCAGAUGGUUCAUCAUUUCCUGGGCUGUUAAACAAAGCAAGGUUGAGGUUAGACUCUUGGGAAUCAGCUAGUUUUCAAUCUUAUUAGGGUGCAGAAGGAAAACUAAUAAGAAAACCUCCUAACAUCAUUUUGUGACUGUAAACAAUUAUUUAUUAGCAAACAAUUGAUCCCAGAAGGGCAAAUUGUUUGGGUCAGUAAUGAGCUGAGAAAAGACAGAGCAUAGCUGUGUAUUUGGAAAAAUAAUUGUAACGUAAUUGCAGCACAUUUAGACAGGCAUCUAUUUGGACCUGUUUCUAUCUCUAAAUGAAUUUUUGGAAACAUUAAUGAGGUUUACAUAUUUCUCUGACAUUUAUGUAGUUCUCAUGUCCAUUUCAGUUGUCCAGCCGCUGGUGAUUAAGGUUAAAAA